GGUUGGGGGGGUGGCGGAGGCGGUGUCUGUUUGGCCUGGAGAGGCGACGGGUCGCCUGGGGGCGUGGCCGUUAGGCCGACCAGGCGUGGCGUCCGGCGUCGGGGCGUGUUAGGGGCGUGCGAAUCGGCCGACGUCUGUAAACCGAGUUCCUCUGGGUGGUGCGGAAGCGCUGAGGCUGUUGAGCUGCUAGGUGGCCGUCUGCUCAGCCUCCUGGGCUGUGGGGCGCGAGCCUUCGAUCCCACGCCGUGUGAGAAUCUCAUGGCGCCCCGGGCCGUGCGCUGCGCGCUCCUGGUCUGGGCCCUGGCGCUGUGCUGCCUGAGCGGCGCGGGCCGGCCGUGGAGUGGCAGCCAUGAGUGGAAAAAACUAAUUUUGACCCAACUCUGGCCUCCAACAUUGUGCAAGGAAGUUAAUGACUGUGAAAAGUCUCUGGAUUACUGGACGAUACAUGGACUAUGGCCUGACAGAGUGGAAGAUUGUAAUUCAUCGUGGCACUUUCAUUUAGAUGAGAUUAAGGAUCUUUUCCAGGAUAUGAAUCUGUACUGGCCUGAUAUAAAGCACCCAUUGAAUGGCAGCAGGUUCUGGAAGCAUGAGUGGGAGAAGCAUGGCACCUGUGCUGCCCAGCUGGAUGCCCUGGAUUCUGAGAAGAAGUACUUUGGGAAGAGCCUGGUGCUGUACAAGCAGAUUGACCUCACCAGAGUGCUCCAGAAAUUUGGAAUUGAACCAUCUAUCAAUUACUAUCACAUUUCAGACUUUAAAGACGCCCUUACCAGAAUCUAUGGAGUCGUCCCUAAGAUCCAGUGCCUUCCAUCCACACAGGGUGAGGAGGUGCAAACAAUUAGCCAGAUAGAGUUGUGCUUCACUAAGGAGGACUUCCAUUUGCGGAACUGCACAGAGCCUGGCGAACUGCUGUCACCCAAGCAGGAAGUGUGGCUGACCAAGGUGGCUGCUACACAGUCAAUGAUGGUCUGUAAAGAUGGCCCAGUCUUCUACCCCCCACCUAAAAAGACCAAGUAUUGAUAUCUGAAUUUUUAACUUGUGUUCUACAAGUUAAGAGGAAUUCAUAAAUCAGCUACUUUUUAAAAACUGAAUCCAAAACCUUUAAAAAAUGUGUUCUGCUUUUUUCUUCAGUGUCUAUGAAUUGGUUUUGUCCCCAUCUAGUUAGUGAGUGUUCCUCUGGGUUACACUUCUGUAAAUGUACCACCUGCAGAUUAAUUUGUAUCAGGCCUCACUUCCUAUCAGAAGGUACCUAGAUUUAAGCUACUGCUAAGUGUUGAGAAAUGUAAGUACAGCCCAAGGCAGUGCUCCACCCUCAGGUAGUAUGUUCUAGAACCUUGAGAUGCAUCUUCCUUCUUGAGGAAUGAUACAGCUUUUUGUUUGGGCCACUGUGUCUGGAUGUGGCUGGAUCACCUGUGACACAAGGCAGUGGUGGUCUGGAAUGGGGUGGGGGGAAGUGCCUCCUGUGCAAGCUUUAUGGUCUUUCCCAGUGUGCUCUACAUGGUCUCUGCUCUUUUUGAGUGUUUUUUUUGUUUGUUUAUCUUAAUCAGAUUAAUUAUUUUAUCUUCAGACAUAGUAUGUACCUGUAUUAUAUUAAGCAUUUAAAAUAUUUAAUCCCCAGAACAGCCAUUUUUUAAAAAAAAAAUCAGCUUUAAAAAAAAUUUUUCAGAUUGGCUCAAAAGCAAAACCUAAUUGCAUGUUGUCUGUAGGAGACGAAUCUGAAAUGCAGUGAUUCAGAAAGGCAAAGCAGAAGAGUAGAUGAAGGGUUACCAGGCAAGUGAGUGGCUCUGAGUGACAGUGCUGUGUCCUGAGCUCAAUAGGACACCCAGUGUUUCUUCACAUAGGAGAGUGGCACUGUCAGGGAUUUGAUCAAAAGCAGUCCUUUACCUUUUCUAGGACAAAGAGAGGAGCUGGCAGCUUACCCCCAGGAACCGUGUCCCUCUUUUGCCUCAGUCCCCACACGUGGCCUUGUCCAUUUGCUACCUUUUGAACUAGCACCCAUUUCCAGUGUUUCCCCUGGGCUUGCUGACCCAGAGUGUGUGUGUUUCUUUCCUACACUGACAGUUUGUGUAGAGAUGUUUGUGAGAUGAGCCAGGUAAAAACUGAGAAAUUUUGCCUCUGGACUGGAAACCUCUCCCUCGGAGGGUCCUUCAGAAGAGAACUGUAAUCCUCAAGGUCAUUCAAAUGAUGGCUGCUGUUUCUUUGAGUCAUCUUAUAAACACUUGGCUCAAGGCUAGGGUUUCAAGGUCAGUAUUUGCAUAGGAGCUCUGAUUUGAAUUGUGUUUAUUUUAUAGCCUUGGAAAGUCAAGGAAGAAAGUUUUCAGUGCUUCUCAGAUGCAGUCCAAAAUCUGCCAUUGCCUCUCAAAACAAGACAUUAUUUUGAAAAAUAAGGCAUAUUUGUCAUCUUAGUCUGAGAAGACUGAGAUUCAAAUGGAGACAUGCUGGGAAGAUUUGUGGGCUGCAGAGUAAAUGGAGUUCAUGUAGGAGGAGGAGCCUGUCGAUGUCUUACUGUGAUGAGUAAAGUAUGAGUGAGGCACAGCA